AUGGUGGGGCUUAUUGGAAGAUCUAGUUAUGAUGAUGGUUGUGUUGGAGGCGGUGUUCGUGGAGAUAGUGCCAAUGGUGAGAGAAAUGGUGAAGGAAGAUUUGGUGGUAUAGGACAUUUCUGGGAAAGGCUGGAUCAAAUGACACGUGUCCUCAACACCAAUACUCCCUGUUCCUCGGCACCGAG